GGGCCAUUUGUGCAUAUGGGAGCGAUUGUAGCGACAAUUCUAAGCAAAGUGACCACUAGCUGCCAGUACACAGCAUUUUUUUCAAACGAAGGUCGCGAAAUGGAAAUGCUUUCAUCCGGCUGUGCUGUUGGCAUCGCAUGCACAUUCUCAGCUCCUGUUGGAGCAGUGCUGUAUGCUAUCGAAUCGACAUCGAAAUAUUUUGCUGUUAAAAAUUAUUGGCGUGGAUUUCUAGCAGCCACCUGCAGUGCUAUUGUUUUUCGUUUUGCCAAUUUUUUUGUUACUGCUGAGCAGUCCGGCGUAAUAACAGCGUUCUAUCAAACAAGUAUACCGACAGAGUCCUUUUUGGUGGAAGAAUUACCAGUAUUCGCAGCUUUAGGGCUGCUUGGUGGCUUAUUUGCUGCGCUGUUUAUUUUUACACACAAGCGAAUCACGCUGUUUCGACAGAAUUCUCGAAUCUAUCAUAUGAUUUUUCGCGAAAAUUUCUUUACAUUUACGAUCUUCAUGGCACUGGUCUUUUUUCUGGUAGCAGUAUGCAUCUCUAUCAAUGUGCCUGCCGGUGUAUUCGUACCUUCGUUUGUUAUUGGCGCUGCAGGUGGUCGCCUAAUGGGCGAAGGAAUGGCGUUUUUCUUUCCAGAAGGGCUUCGCGGGGCUGGUGGACCGCUUAUUUUUCCUGGCCUUUAUGCAGUUGUUGAAUCACUGGAAAUCAACGGUCCGAUUUCUCCACUGGAACAAACAGUCUUUUUGCGGUUUUUUCAUUUGUUCCGACAGUUAAUUGGCGCCAGUCCACGCCUGGAAGUCAAGGCCGUUAAUUCACCUACUCCGGAGUAA